AUGAAUCCUCUGCCAAUUGAAUCAAUUGGUUCGCAAUAUGGUGAAAGUACUCACAAUGAAUUUCCUGACUAUGAGAAUGGCUCAAAUGAUAGUACUACAAUUAGGGAUGAUACAAACUAUGCUAAUGUCCAGGCUUUUACUCCUUGGGACAAAGUCUUUGUUGAACCAAACUUAUCUGAGGAUACAUCUAUAGUGGAAUUAGAGUCUGAUGGAGAUAGUGAAGGGGGUAAGUGGCCUACCUUUAGGGCAGCUACUGAGAUGAAAGACCCUACAUGCAUUUACUUUACUUUAGGAAUGACUUUUGCUAGUAAGCAGGAAUUCAAGGAAGCUGUUCAUAAUUAUGCUUUUAAAAAUGGAAAAGAUUUGAAAUUUGUCAAAAAUGAUAAAGAAAGGUUUCAUAGUUAAAUGCAAAAGUGAAGGUUGUCCAUGGAAAAUAAGCCUUAGAAAUGUAAAGAAUUCUUUGUCUUGGAGGAUUCUGGGUAUUAAGGCUAAACAUGAUUGUUGUGCUUGGAUGUUUGAGAAUCAACUAGUUAAUUCUACAUAGGUAGCCAAGAGUUGGAGGAAAUAAAUCCAAGUUCAUGAUGAAUGGAAGAUGAAACAUUUUAGGAAGAAGUUAUAUAUGCAGUGAUGAGGGAUUCCAUGUGUCUAAAAGGCAGGCAUAUAGAGCACUUGCAAAGGCUAAGAAACUAAUGCAAGGGGAUGAAGAAGAAAAUUUCAGCAAGCUUUGGAGUUAUGCGGAAGAAAUUAGAAGAACUAACCCUUUGUCAACUUGUGUGGUGAAGUUGAGUGAUUUCUCUGAGCUUAGUGGACAAUAAAGGUUUCUAAGGAUGUAUAUAUGUUGGGAGGGGUGCAAGCAAGGAUUUCAAUAUUGCAGGCUAAUUGUAGGUGUAGAUGGCUGCCAUUUGAAAGCUUCUAUUGGAAGUCAGAUGCUUGUUGCAGUAGAAAUAGAUGCCAAUGAUAGUAUUUCUCCAUUGGCAUAUGCUAUUGUUGAGAGUGAAACAAAGGAAGCAUGUUGUUUGUUUUUACAACUGCUAAAAAGAGAUUUGAGAAUUAAUGAAGAAUCUGAGCAUCUGUUUACAUUUAUUUCAGAUAAACAAAAGGGACUCAUUCUUGCUUUUCACAUUGUUUUACCAAGAGUAGAACAUAGAUUUUGUGUAAGACACCUCUAUGGUAAAUUGGUAACAUGAAAGUUGCUGGUUUUCAUGGGAAGGCAAUUAAAGAUGCACUUUAGACUUGUGAUAGGGCAUAUACUAUCAACUCAUUCACUGCAGCAUUUAGACAUAUAAAGGAGUUGGAUAUCAAGGCUUUUGAAUGGCUAUCAGAUAAACAUCUCAGCAACUGGUCA